UUUCCACCCCAAGAUGGCGCAUUGUGAACACUAGAGGAAGAUAAAUCGGCGUAUUUUGUGAUAUGACGACACAUUUAUUUAUACUGCAGGUUGAUAUCACGUUUCAAAAACGGGAGUUCAUGAGAACAAAAUCGCAAAGCUUGAGGGACAAGAAUGAAACAUCUGCAUUGAAUCAAAAUCCUCAAAUAUAAGGUUUACGUACGUUUGAUCGCAAUCUUCUGUUGUCAACCACAGAUUUCACGUGAACUAUUAAAAAGAAUUGGCAAGUUUUACUUAUAGUAAAUCUGAUUAAGAUGCGUCAGUUUCCAGCUGCUGGACCGCAAGUUCAUGUUGUGAGAAGGAGAAAAGGAGAAAGACCAGAAGCGUAGCGGCUCUGAGGGGUGCAGCUCUCCGCCCGUUGCUUGCCGUUAAGCAGCCUGACCACUCUGUCUGCCAUGGGUUCGACCACGGAUGAAGAAUUUAAAGAGAAAUUGCUGUGGAAUGUGAAGCGGGAGGUGAAGCGGAUCAUGGAGGAGGCAGUCACCAAGAAGUUUGUGCACGAGGACAGCAGUCACGUUAUAGCUCUGUGUGGCACGGUGGAGGCGUGUCUCAGCCACCAGCUGAAACGCCGCGCUGCUGGCUUCCUGCGCAGCGACAAGAUCGCCGCUCUAUUCACCAAGGUGGGCAAGGCGCAUGCCACAGCUGCAGACGUGUGCCGCAAGGUGCAGGAGCAGCUGCAGCAGCAGGCCGAGGCCACCAGGAGAGUUCAGAGUGCGGGACCUGAACCCCUGAGGAGGCAGGGCUCGUCCGCUGGGCGCGCGCCCCAGCCUCUUUCCGCCCAGGCUGUCAAGCAUAUCUGGGUGCGAACGGCGCUCUUCGAGAAGGUUCUAGACAAAGUGGUCCAGCACAUUGUGGACAACUCUAGUAAGUACUAUGAGAAAGAGGCCCUGAUGCAUGACCCCGUCUACGGACCCAUCCUGGCAGCACUUUUGGUCGGCCCUUGUGCCCUGGAGUACACCAAGCUGAAGACGUCUGACCACUUCUGGACCGACCCCUCCGCCAACGAGCUGGUCCAGCGGCACCGGAUCCACGGAGCCCAUCGUGGCCAGGAGUGCUGCCAAGGCCGGCGUCCUGCCCUCGGGAUCCGCAAGCGCCAGUCCAGCGGAAGCAUGUCCGAGGAUCGCUUCGCGGCAUCCGCGCGAGAAUACGUGGAGUCCCUGCACCAGAACUCACGGACGCAUCUGCUCUAUGGCAAGAACAACGUGUUGGUGCAGCCGAAGAAGGACAUGGAGGUGUUGCGGGGCUACCUGUCCCUCCACCAGUCUGCAGACACCCUCAGCUUGAAGUGGACUCCAAACCAGCUGAUUAAUGGCACUCUGGGAGACUGUGACCUGGAGAAGAGUAUUUACUGGGACUACGCUCUUACUGUGCCUUUGAGACAGAUCGUCUGCAUCCACUGUCACCAGCGGCCGGACUGCGGUGGGACCCUGGUCCUGGUGAGCCAGGAUGGCAUCCAGCGGCCCCCCCUUCAUUUCCCUCCUGGAGGGCACCUGCUAGCAUUCCUAUCCUGCCUGGAAAAUGGGCUGCUCCCCCGAGGCCAACUGGAGCCCCCACUGUGGUCGCAGCGUGGCAAGGGCAAGGUUUUCCCGCGGCUGAGGAAGAGGAACAGCACUGCACGGCUGCUGGAGCUGGGCGGCACGGGGCAGGAAGACGAGGUGGCUGCUGAUUACGUGUUUCGCAUCGUCUACCCAGGACAUCGCUAUGAUUCCAUCACUAUAAACUACCACCACACGACAGGCAGCCGCGCCCCCUCGCUGGACGACGAUGAGGAGGAAGAGGAUAGACUUCACACAAUGAUCUCAAUGAUCUGCUCGCGGAACCUCACAGAUCCUAGUGUCAUGAAAGACCACGGGGAGACGAUGGAAAUGCCAGGCUUGGGGGGCAGCCCGUCGUCAUGGCAGCAAGGAGAGUGCAGCAGCCACCUGUCGUCUUGCCUCUCCUGCUCCACCGGGGGCAGCAGCGCGUCUCUCGAGUUACCCCCUGGCUGCACCUGCAUUCAUGACCGAAUCCCACUGAAGAUGCUGUGCCAGAACAUGAAGCGCCAGAUCGUGUCCCGCGCCUUCUAUGGCUGGCUGGCUUACUGCCGGCACCUGUCCACAGUGCGCACACACCUGUCAGCACUGGUCAACCACAGCAUCGUCCCACCAGACCGACCAUGUGAGGCCUCGGGGGGACUCAGCAGAGACGUGUGGAGCAAGUACCAGAAGGACUGCAAGAACUACAAGGAGCUGGAGCUGCUGAGGCUGGUUUACUACGGGGGGGUCGAGCACGAAAUCCGCAAGGAGGUCUGGCCCUUCCUGCUGGGCCACUACAAGUUCGGCAUGGGGAAAAAAGACAUGAACCGGAUCGACGAGAAGAUCGCUACCCGGUACCAGCAGGUGAUGCGUGAAUGGAAGGCCUGCGAGGUGAUCGUCAGACAGCGCGAGAAGGAGACGCAGUCCGCCAUUUUCGCCAAGCUCUCCUCGGGCAGCAGCAUCGACAGUCAUGUGCUGAGGCUCAUCCACCGGGACUCCACGAUCAGCAACGAGGUGUUUAUGUCCGUUGACGAACCGGAUGCCGCCGGUCAGGACACCCCCAGCGGGAGUGACUGCACCCCACCCCCCACUGCCGCUGUUCCUCCUGCUGCCCUGGUGGAGUUUGACUCUCCAGACUCUGGACUCCCUUCCUCGCGAAACUAUUCUGUGGCUUCCGGACACUCUCAGCUCAUGUCCAGCAUCGAGGACAGCCAGAGCCUCGAGGAGGAGCUUUUGGAGGAGUCGCAGCCCCGGGGCAUGCUGGGAGAUCGGGGCCAGCAGGAGUCACUGAGCGAGGAGCAGCUCUGCAGCCAGCUGGACAAGCCGGCAGCGAGCGGCGAGGGCCUCCCCGCCUCCCUGUCCUCCUACACGAUCGAACUGCUGGACACGGUGGCGCUGAACCUGCACCGGAUAGACAAGGACGUCCAGCGCUGUGACCGCAACUACUACUACUUCACUCCUGCCAACCUGGAGAAGCUGCGCAACAUCAUGUGCAGCUACGUGUGGGAGCACCUGGAGGUCGGCUACGUCCAGGGAAUGUGUGACCUCCUGGCGCCCCUGAUGGUCAUCCUGGACGACGAGUGCCUGGCUUACAGCUGCUUCACACAGCUGAUGAAGAGAAUGGGGCAGAACUUCCCCAACGGAGGCGCCAUGGACACUCACUUUGCAAACAUGAGGUCCUUGAUCCAGAUCCUCGACUCUGAGCUGUUUGAGUUGAUGCACCAAAAUGGCGACUACACCCACUUCUACUUCUGCUACCGUUGGUUUCUGCUGGACUUCAAAAGAGAGCUGCUGUACGAGGAUGUGUUCGCCGUGUGGGAGGUGAUCUGGUCAGCCCAGCACAUUUCCUCGCAGCACUUUGUCCUCUUCAUCGCCCUGGCUCUGGUGGAACUCUAUCGAGAGAUCAUCCGGGACAACAACAUGGACUUCACGGACAUCAUCAAGUUCUUCAAUGAGAUGGCUGAGCGUCACGAUGUCCAGCAGAUUCUGCGCAUCGCCAGAGAGCUGGUGUAUAAAGUCCAGUCUCUUAUUGAGAACAAGUGAGGCGGGAGCGCGGGUCUCUAGGGCUGGGGGCAGCUUCUCACUCUGGGGCACCCCAGCCCACCAUCUCCACCCAUGCCUGCCCUGCUGCCCAGGCAGGGGGGUAAGAUGCAAACGAGCACAGCCCACAUUUCAACCAUGUCUGAGGGCAGCCGCCUGGCCCAGGAGGCCUGUGUUGCCUUUAAAGAGUCUCUUUAAGAUUAUUUUUAAAGUAAUUUGCCUGUCACAGAAUGAGUUGUGUAAAAUCUUUGGAGUUGUCUGCAUGCCUGUGAGUUUGACGACACUGUGACACAAGUUAAAUACUCUUAAAAACGACAUAUUUAUGAGAUCGUUUUAGAUCAUUACCGUUUACAGUAAUGACUCUCUCCAGAGGAGCUUAUAAAUAAUAGAUCAAUAUGGUUGGUUUUGGGGAAGACAAGGAAAAUCCAUGCCGUACUAAAUAUCACAGUGUAAUGAGGUGCAGAGCCAGUUUGCAGUGGGUUUCCCACCAGCCCGCUAGCUUUUCAGAGACUGUCGCAGCAGCACCAGAACUUACCAUGGUGAGGAUUUCAGCUAUCUACAGGAAUUAGCCGGCAACACAGCCCUUUUUAGCUGCCGCCUGUUUGAUUCCCGCACCCUGUGCAGUUCAGUCUCACCUGGCCAUUUCUGUUCGGAUGGUGCCCCCUACAGGAGAUUCCCUUUGCCCUCGCUUCAGAUUUCACCUGAUAAAAAAAGAACUUGAGUGUUGUGACCAAAAGGACUGUGCCAGCCUCCGCGUGCUCAUGAUCCAUGCAGUACGUUUCAGUCUUCUGCUCAAGGCCCACAGUGUUGGGCUCUUCCUCCUUUCUGGAUGCUUCAGUUUCGCAGCUGACCCCAUAGAGUGACUGAAAGCUAACUGCUAAAGUAGUCCACGCCUUCACCAGAACAUUCCAAGUUUUAUGAUCCUUGUUUUUAUUUUAAAACCACUUCUCGCACUUUGGACCAGCCUGUGCCGGUGAACCCCCCCGACCCCCCAGGAGAGGUUCGCUGUUCUAGGUGGGGAUGAUGGGACUUCCAGAAAGACGGUCCAGUUCCUGGACACGGUCUGUCGCUUUCCUGCUUAGGGGGGGGUCAAAUCAGCCUGCUUUCAAAUGCCGAACGUGGUGCAGAAAGCAGAAUUGCAAACCCCCCCCCCUUCCAUUCCCCCUUGAAGAGCUGAAGCCCCAGGUCCGCGUACCAAAGCCUCCCGUCUGCAACAGCAGCCAGGCGAGCUGGUGCAGCGUUUCGGCCGAUAACGACUGUUUGCUGGGCUACUCUAUUCCAUAGCCUCUAUGAAUACUGUGCUAAAUGUUAUUUAAUCUCUACAACUGCUACACGCAGCAAAUGCCUGAGAUUUUUAAAAGGGAGAAUGAUUUUUGUAAAAUGUUACUGGUUUGGGAACGCAGCCAGGUCCUGUACCCUACAGAUCUGUAAGCUUUAGCGUGGCAAGUGUUUACUUUGACUGUUAUGUGUUCAUUAUUGUUGUGCACUGAAUUUUACCCAUUUCAAAAAUUUUAUUUUAGGAAACUAACUUUGAAUGACCAGGUAUGUAUUGUAAAGGAAACAGUUUACCAUGAAUGUAAUAUUUAAAAAAGGAUGUCUUAUUAAAAAUAACAUUGGCAAA